GUUGCCCGUGUUGGUUAGGACAGGCUUGGAGCUCACAAAAUUCGCUGUUCAUUCCUUUACGAUUUCCAGAUUUUGGGUGACAACUAAUUAAUCAGAGAUGGCAUGUCCUAUGGGAUACGGUAGAGACAUGGAUAGUGGGUUUGAUGCAGAAAAAAGAGAGAAAAAUAAUGAUUUAGGAAGUGUUGGAAGCAGCGAUGGCCAAUCAACAUGUAGUUCAGCAGGUGACACUCACAGUCACACCCAUGCCGACGAUGCUGCCACAAAAAAGCUUAAUUAUAGUGCAUAUCUCAAGCUGGAUGAACUGCUUCAAUGCCAAGAACCAGCCAGUGAAAAGUAUGGCCCUGGCCUUAUUCACGAUGAGCACCUCUUCAUCAUCACACAUCAAGCAUAUGAAUUGUGGUUCAAACAGAUACUUUUGGAGGUGGACUCUGUCCGGAAGAUCUUCACAGAGGUUCCACUGGAAGAGAGUAAAAUGUUGCUUAUAGUAAACAGGCUUGGGAGGAUUAACAUGAUUUUGAAGCUUCUCUUUGAACAGUUCCAGAUCCUCGAGACAAUGACACCUCACGACUUUUUGGAAUUCAGACGUUUCCUUGGGUCAUCAUCGGGCUUCCAGAGUUUCCAGUUCAGACUCCUUGAGAACAAGCUGGGCAUGAGAGAGGGUAAUCGCAUUCGAUACAAUCAACAGCAUUAUCGAGACGUGUUCAAAAAGGACGCAGACAAAUCGACAGCUAUCUCGGAGUCUAUCGAAGAAGAAUCUCUCCAUGAAGUCCUUGGGAAAUGGCUUGAGAGGACCCCAGGUCUUGAUGUGAAGGAGUAUAACUUUUGGCGCAAGUAUCGUAUGUGUGUCGAAGCGUGGCUUUAUGAGGGAUUCCGGAAACCAGCAGAGGAGGAAACCGACCCUGUUCAGAAGAAGAUCAAGGAAGACGAGUACAAGAUGCAGAAGGAAACAUUUGAUACCAUCUUUGAUGAGAAGAAGUACAACACUGAGAGGAUGAGAGGGGAGAGACGUUUGUCAUACAAAGCAUUCCAGGGCGCUAUGAUGAUCUCAUGUUAUCGCGAUCAGCCCCGAUUCAACCAACCAUUCCAGAUGCUCAAGUUACUCCUCGAUAUCGAUUCCAGUCUCACCAAGUGGAGAUAUAACCAUGUGAUGUUGGUCCAGCGGAUGAUUGGUAGUAAGCUUGGCACUGGUGGCUCCUCAGGUUAUCAAUAUUUGAGAGCCACGAUUAGUGAUCGUUACAAAGUCUUCAUUGAUCUCUUCAACUUGUCGACAUACCUUAUUCCACGUCACUUGAUUCCGCCACUAUCUAAGAGAAUGAAAUGCAAACUCUCCAUUAUGGAAGAUUCGCUCUCGACCUGCAUUCACAAACAUGAUACACACAGUGAUGAUGAGGAUAUUGACAGCGAGCAGGGCAGUGGUGAGAAAGCUCGGCCGAUCGUUAAUGGUCACAGCACAGAGAGCUCUGUGCUGGGAUCUGGCAAAACUGUCUCUGGGGAAGAUACUGGAUUGAUAAAUGGAAAGUAAGCAAGGACUGAAAAUUUAAAUUGGAUAUUCUUUGUAAACUUUUUAAAUGCUUUUAUUAGUGAUCAAUGAUAAAAGAUUCUGGAGAUGAAAUCUCAAUAAGUUGUUUUUUGCGACUAAUUGGAGCUAUGAAAAAUGAUAUUCAUAGCAUUUUACCACAAAUGCCAAAGGUUAUUUUGAUGCCGCUAUAUUAGUCUUUAGUAUCAUAGGUUCCUUUUAACUUCCAUAUAUAUAUGCAUGAUGGCAGCUAAGCUAUUAGCAAGAGGGGCAAUGCAGGUUGUAGUUUUGACAAUUUACUGUAAGAUUGUAUAUACCAGCAUAUCCAUACGAAAGGAGUUCGUUUAUCAACAUUUCAGAACAUUCCGAAAAUUUUAUGUAAUGUUAUUAUCUUGAAUUAUGACAGUAAAACUCGGGUAUGCCAUAGUUUUGGCUUCCACUGUAAGUACACCAUAAGCUACCAGUAUUGAUAUCAUUUGUAGAAUAACGGUUUCAAUUGUGUGUAUUCUUCUCUGUUGUAUACAUGUAUUUCGAAUGAAAAUGUCAUUGUGCAACUUUAUCAUGUUUGUGCCUUCUUAAUGUUGGAAGAAAGUAUGUACUAAUAUUGGUAUGAGUAGAUUUAAAUAUAUUUUUGGUAUGAG